AUGGAAGACUCAAAUACGAUGGACGACUCAAAUAUCAUGGAAGACUCAAAUACCAUGGAAGACUCAAGGAGAACAAGCACCUAUUCGUUUGGAGAUGACGGCCUCACUGCCACCGCAAGUCCUUCAGGUCGUCUCCUACGAAUCAGCCGACAUUUUCCAGGCGAGAAAUUCGGAUACUGCGUGGACCAUUGCGAUAUUGAUGAGCCGUACAUGACUAUCAACCGGAUCACCGAAUUUGUUUCCUCCGCAAAUGAUCCGGACCACAAUAUUGGAUUCUACCCUGACCAGGAGAGCUGGCUCUCCGCCGCAGAGAACGCUUGGGUGGACUUCACUAAUGAUCGCUGGCCGGUCUUUCACAUCAAGGGAGAGGGUGGACGCUGUAAAAUACAGUACUCUAUCUCGCGUGGUGCUGUCUAUCAAACGUUUGACUUCAGCAAUGGCCGGCCACCAAUGACUUUGAUGUCCGAUUUACUACUUCGUCAACUGGACUUUAUUGACGACAGUAAUCAAUUCAAUGAGGCUGAUGAAGACGAUAGCGGGUACCAAACUCACCUCUUAGAUGAAGGGAGAUGUAUCAAACGAUCGCACAAAUUGGGUCAAGACAACAACAAACAUGCGGCUCUUUUUGUCCAUGCUUUCAGUGGCAACACAGCUCUCACCUUUGAAAAGUUUACCAAGCAUCAAGAUGCGGCAAGCGAAGAAGACUCAGCCAUGGCUGAACAGGGAAUGAGAGAAGAGGGUGACGCAGCGGAAGGGAUUGAUGAGGAAGGUGAUGGAGACGGUGAUGCACGUAGUGAUGAUUCGGAAGAAUACGAUGCGAAAACCUACUACAGAAUAAUGGAUGACAACUCUGUGUCCCGACCUACCAGGGUAACUUUGAUUUACAUCCUGAGCUUGGAAGCAGGAGAGCUCGAGUCCCCUCCCGAACCUCUAAAGUUUACUGCUGCGCCCAAAUUCCCCAAGAUGAAUACAAGAAAACGGAUGUUUACUCCAACGAAUCCUGAUCUCAACCUCGCCUUGAGGCGCAACUUGGAGUACAUCUUAUCCGUCUGCAGCAUCCCUAUCUACCUCGAUGCAGAAGAUGAUGAAGAAUUCGCUGUUGCAUUGACGUGUGGCGAUAUUGACGACCACCGUAUCAUUACGGCGGCAAGUUUCCACUGCUUCCAAUUUCUCCUCAUGUCGCUCAAGCAUUUCGUCUCAUCUCUUGGACACGGUGAACAUGACUAUCCCGAAGCAUUAAAUUGUAAUCCGUGUUCACUCAUCAAACGCAUUCGGAAGGUUCUUAAAGGCCACUUGAGAUGGGUCUUUGGGGAGCAAUACCGGAAUUUUGCCAACAACCCAUCUUGCCCCCAUUCUUGGGUCAAUGGCGAAGAGAUCGAAGGGUGGAAAGACAACAUAUAUCUCUCAUCCGAAUCCCUUGUUGAUGCCCCGUUUCAGUUUAUUAAAGCUGGAGACUACAAGGAAUACGACAGGGAAUGGGAAGUCCCCAGGACAGCCAAGUAUGCUGUCAGGACUUGGGUUAAGAAGCUUGAUGAGAAGAACAAGCUUGGCUGCUAUGCAUUCCCUCGUGACAUGGAGGAACAAACUCACAACUUCUUUUUUACUGACCACGUUCUUAUUUGGCGAGCUGCCAAGUGUGUUGAACUACUGGGCCUCAAGUCGGAGCUCUUUGUUACUAUUCCACAUGAGAAGGAAAAAGAGAGGGCCAGAGAAACUCGUAUCGGUUAUCAGGGCUGUAGGCUGUAA